UCUUGUCUCCUUUUUUGUAUAGAUCUUUAGGGUAGAGUUUUACCACUCCUACUUUUCAUGUUAAUAGUGGAAGGCGAAUUGGGAGAUGGCAGGGGCAUAGGAAUGAGAUGUUUGUGGCCAUUUUCUUUUUUGCUUUUUUAUUAUACUUGGAUAAAGAUCCACCUUAAAAUUUCCUUAAUCCCCUCCCGCCCCCCCCCCCCCCAUCGUCUUUUCACUACUGCUGCUUCCAUGUAGAGCAUUUUGAUAGGUAGGGAUGAAAAAUUAAAUGCCACAGUGAAUAGAAAUAACUGCAAAAGUAAUAAAUGUGACCAUCUGGAAAUGUGCUUCUCCAUCUAAAAUACUAGGUUCACCAUCAAGAUCCCUAUGGGCAGAUUUCACCUCAGUUGAUAGUCAAAAACAGUAAGGAUAAAAAAGGAUUCAUGCUCAGGGAAUGAAUCAGCCAUAGCUAGAGUGGGAAAUUUUCUUUUAAAGGCAUAUUUGAUGUUUACCUUUAUGUCCUUAGAGUAAAUUGUUUUAUAAAAAAGAUGUUUAUUACCAUUAGUAACAGUCAUUUCAGAGACAGAGUUAAGAAAGUGAUAUUGAAAGGGUCUUAGCUGGGCUUGCUUGGGUAGCUUCAUGCUAUGGUAUGGAAGAGACUUAGGUAAAUGACUUACUUUUCCUAUCAGAAGUGAGUUCUAGUAUACAGUAUCUGUUAUUGGAAAAACAGCUGUUUCUUAAGAUAUCCAAGUGAUAACUUUUUUCUAGACUAUCAGGCCUAUUAGUGCUAAUAAAUCUAUCCGCCAUCUCCUCUCCUUUUAAACAACGCCAAACAAACGUAUGAUGAGAAGAAAUGGAGUAAAGAUAUUGGCUGGGUCUGAUGGAUGGGAUGAAUGAUUUUAUGAAAUAAUAUGGUGGCAGUUUUAUUCUAGGAUUUUUAUUUUUGGCCUAAGGUAAGAAUGUUAAAAAAGGUUUUCUAUGAAAAUUAGAAAAUUGUACUUGAUACUAAAAAUUUAGAAGGGGGAGAACCUUAAAGCCAAUUUAAAGGAAACCAGUGAGACAGUGACAUUCAGGAGAGAAUACUAUUAACUAUUUAAGUGAGGGCCCAAGAUACCAAUUUCCACAAAGUUUUGAUUUUUAUACACACACAUACAUUAUGCACAUAUGUAUGUGUGUAUGUUUUUUUUAACAGAUUUUUUUAAAAUUUUGAGAUAAUUUUAGACCUCCUGAAGAGUUGUAAAAUGAGUAGUUUAUGUGCAUCUUCAUUGAACUUUCCCUUAUGUUAACAUCUUAUACAACUAUAGAACAUUUGUCAAAUUAAGAAAUUAGCCUUGAUACAAUACUGUUAACAAAAGUAGAGAGUUUAAAAAGUAGAGAUUUUCUUGGUCUUUUCAGUGAUGUCCUUUUACAGUUCCAAGAUCCAGUGCAGGAUCCCACCUUGCACUUAGUUGUCAUGUCUACAUAGUGUCUUCCAAUCUGUGACAGUGUAUCAUGACAUCUGAUGUCAUAAUGUAUUUCUGGUGUUGUUAACCUUAAUCACUGAGGUGGUGUCUGCUAGGAUUCUCUACUGUAAAAUUACUAUGUUUUUCUUUGUAAUGACUAUUUGCUGGAGCUACUUUGAGACUAUGCAAAUGUCCUGUUUCUGCUUAAACUAUUGCCCACUCAUUUUCGCACCCAUUGCCAGAUCUUGCUUGUAUUUACGAACUCAGCCAGAGACUCCGCGCGCCGGCUCAGAGGGCAAGGCACGCCCCCCGCACCGCCCGUGCGCCCGGCGCUCCGGCUCCCUGCCCGCAGGAAGGGGCCACAUCUCGCGCGAUUCCUUCCACUUCUCGCGACACUUCCUGCCAGUCCCCUGCUGCCUUCCUCGCCCCACCCAUCGCUUCCACGCCGCGGUCCCGGCCACCUCACCUUUGCUCUUAGUAGCUUGGCUUGCCGCUCACCCGCUGGGAGCGCAGUGGAGACCGGUGUUGGGCACGAGCCUGGCGGGGCCGCAGGCUCCGCCCUGCUCCGCCCCGCCCCGUCCGGGCUCAGGGGAAAGGCCGCCGCGGGGACAUGUGCCCCCCUCAGCGAGGACAGGAGAGUGUGAAAGGCAGCGGGGAAGCCAGGGCUGGAAGCGAGAGGAGGCAAGUCCCCGAGCUCUGAGGUCCCAGAUCCGGGCUGCAGAAGGCCCAGGGUCGUGGGGAGAAGGGACACGCCAAGGUGGCCGAGGAAAAGAUUGCAAUGGCAGAGUUGUCCCCACUGAUGGGGGCAGAUAUGAUGUGCAUUUGGGGGAGAGGAUGCGGUACGCUGUAUACUGGGAUGAGCUAGCAUCAGAAGUGAGACGAUGUACCUGGUUUUACAAGGGAGACAAAGAUAAUAAGUAUGUUCCCUACUCUGAGAGCUUCAGCCAAGUAUUAGAGGAAACUUACAUGCUUGCUGUAACUCUGGAUGAAUGGAAAAAGAAACUGGAGUCUCCUAACAGAGAAAUUAUUAUAUUACACAAUCCAAAGCUUAUGGUGCAUUACCAGCCAGUUGCAGGGUCUGAUGAAUGGGGUUCAACACCCACUGAACAGGGUCGACCAAGAACAGUGAAGAGAGGGGUUGAGAACAUCUCUGUUGACAUUCAUUGUGGAGAACCUUUACAAAUAGAUCACUUGGUUUUUGUAGUCCAUGGGAUUGGACCAGCUUGUGAUCUCCGCUUUCGAAGCAUUGUACAGUGUGUUAACGAUUUUCGCAGUGUUUCCUUAAACCUACUACAGACACAUUUUAAGAAAGCCCAAGAAAAUCAGCAGAUUGGGAGGGUAGAAUUUCUUCCAGUCAACUGGCAUAGUCCUUUGCAUUCUACUGGUGUGGAUGUAGAUCUGCAGCGAAUAACUCUGCCCAGCAUUAACCGCCUAAGGCACUUCACCAAUGACACAAUUCUGGAUGUCUUCUUCUACAAUAGCCCCACCUACUGUCAGACUAUUGUGGACACAGUUGCUUCUGAAAUGAACCGAAUAUAUACACUUUUUCUGCAGAGGAACCCUGAUUUCAAAGGCGGUGUAUCCAUUGCUGGUCAUAGUUUAGGUUCACUUAUAUUGUUUGAUAUCCUAACAAAUCAGAAAGAGUCUUUGGGGGAUAUUGACAGUGAAAAGGAUGCACCAAAUAUUGUCAUGGAUCAAGGAGACACACUGACACUAGAGGAAGAUUUGGAGAAACUUCAACUCUCUGAAUUCUUUAGUAUCUUUGAGAAGGAGAAAGUAGAUAAGGAAGCGCUGGCUUUAUGUACCGACAAAGAUCUUCAGGAAAUGGGAAUUCCCCUAGGACCAAGAAAGAAGAUAUUAAACUACAUUAGGACCAGAAAAAAAUCAACGGGUAUUAAUAGACCAAUCCUGCAGCCAGCUUCAGGGGUGAAUAUAUCUAACAUCCCCAAAGAAUUGGAGUUUUGCAAUAAAACAGACGCUACUGGAAAUGGUGACUAUCUGGAUGUUGGCAUUGGGCAGGUGUCUGUAAAAUACCCCCGGCUCAUCUAUAAACCAGAGAUAUUUUUUGCCUUUGGCUCGCCCAUUGGAAUGUUCCUUACCGUCCGAGGACUAAAAAGAAUUGAUCCCAACUAUAAAUUUCCAACAUGCAAAGGUUUCUUCAAUAUUUAUCACCCUUUUGAUCCUGUGGCCUAUAGGAUUGAACCGAUGGUGGUUCCAGGAGUGGAAUUUGAGCCAAUGCUGAUCCCACACCAUAAAGGCAGGAAGCGGAUGCACUUAGAACUGAGAGAGGGCUUGACCAGGAUGAGUAUGGACCUUAAGAACAACUUGUUAGGUUCACUGCGGAUGGCCUGGAAGUCUUUCACCAGAGCUCCAUACCCUGCCUUACAAGCUUCAGAAACUGCAGAAGAAACUGAAGCAGAAUCGGAAUCGAGUUCAGAGAAGCUAAGUGAUGUUAACACAGAAGAGGCCUCUGUGACCGUUAAAGAAGUUCCACCCAUCAAUGUGGGAAUGCUGAAUGGAGGCCAACGCAUUGACUAUGUGCUACAAGAGAAGCCCAUUGAAAGUUUUAAUGAAUAUUUAUUUGCUUUGCAAAGCCAUCUAUGCUACUGGGAGUCUGAAGAUACCGUAUUGCUGGUCCUCAAAGAAAUCUACCAAACCCAGGGCAUCUUCCUUGAUCAGCCUUUACAGUAAAAAUCAACUAUGUAUGGCUACUUAAUACACUGAAGGAUCCUUCCCCAGAAAAUCUACCUGCUUGUUGCUGCCGUUUUCCUCUCAGCCACGUCAUUUCUUGCAUGUUACCUGCCACUUACCACUGGGGUCUUUGGAAGAUAAUCUUUUUUGGAAGUGAGUAGAAAAGCAAAGAGAAGACCGUAUUGCUUUUUACCACUGGCUUCGUGUAAGCACUCGCCAUUCUUCAUAGUGGGGCGUGUUUGCAUCUUUAAUUCUUGGGUGACAGGUGCCAUCCUUUAUUUUUAUUGCUUAUUCCUUGAGACAGUAUAAAGUCUGUUUUGAGUUUAUUUUGGCUUGGGCAGACAUUUUUCUAGGAGGUUAUUGCUUGUCUUUAGAAAAUCCUCUAGUUUGGAAACAGGCUUGAGAUUCAGAAGGCAUUUUGGGGUACACAUGUCUCAUUGGUGUUCUCUGCACUUGAAGGCUAAGUGGGUGUGUAAAAGACUGUUGAGCAAAUUCUUUUGAGUCCACUUUUCUUUCCUACAAGUACUUUGUGAAGGACCAAAAUGUAGCUGGGAGAGAGUUACUGUUUAUUCUCUACAGCUGACAGUUGAUCAGAGGAAUCACUGAUGCUGUUCAUUAUUUUCACAGCUGUUGGAGCUGCUCUCAGAGUCUAAAGUGGAUAGUUUAGUUCACAUUAGGUGCAUCUUUAUAAAGCAAAGAUGUUCUAUAUCCUAGACCUGUCUUUUUAUAUCGUGCUUCAACUUAGGAGAGUUUAGAUGAAAUUUGACUUAGUUAUUGGAUAGUAGCUUCUUCCUUAAGUUGAGGGCAAAGUUAUACAAGCCUUGACAGGCUGCUUUGGUUAUAAAUAAAAAUAUUUCAGGAGUACAUUUGUGGUGAAAUAGAAUCUGUGACAGUCAACCACCAUAUCCACUUGGGUGAAGGUAGUACUGUGUGCUCUGUUUGAAAACAUUUUGUAAUCACCAUUGCCUUCCUUGGUACCCAUAAUCCAGAAAAUGUAUUAGAAGCCUCAUGGCACAAGCAGUGUUGGUUGGGCAGGUCGGUUUGGCUAGGGGGAAAUGUUUCUUUUUCUGCAAGAAAAACCUACGCCUGUCGGGGCCAAGGAACAGCUAUUGCAGUCAUUGUCAGAGCAUGCAAAGUGAAAGGUACCUUGAAGAUGAUGGGUGCGUGUAGACUAACUUUUUCCAGGCAUCUGCUCACCACUGUGCUGUUUUCUUUCUCAUUGGUCGGUUUGUCUUUGCAGUUCUCUUUGUGAUAGUCCUUUACACUCCAUAGGCCUAUAACAAUGGCACAGGCAGGCAAGCUGUGUUUUCGUUUUUUAUAAAAAAUGUUUUUUUGUAAACGUAUCACGGUAUCCAGUGCAUUGGCAUGUAACAUUCACUUCAGCCAUCCCUUCAACUGCAGUGGUCUUUAUCCCUUUCCAGAGAGGAAAGGAAAAGGAAGUUAAUCACUGUCACCUUAGAGAUGGUAGAGGUGAGGUUGGGGUACAGGGUCAGUGCCUGGCCUUUCCUUGUCCAUCUGCUUUACAGGCUAAUGCUGACUUAGCCACUAAGAAGUGUCAGAUACAUGGAAUACUUUUGUAUAUAAACUGAGUUUGAAGUAAGGGUUACUGAGAAUUAAGUAGCAUUAAUUAUAUUUUAGAGCGGAAGCUUUUGUCAAGUUGUCUUCAAAUUUAAGUUUAUUCUUCCUAUUAGCAGAAUAGAGCGUAUUUAAGAGUAAACCAAAGGACAGGCAAGGAGGAGUUCCUGUAACCAAAGAUGAACAGCAUACCCCUGGGAUAGCUAGAUCAACCACUGCUGGGACUAAGAAAUGGUUCUUUCCUGAUGGGGAGGGGCAGGCAGCUGUACAAGAGCUUGAUGUCUCGUCUCUCCACCUGUGGUAGCAUCAUGGUUGCAUAUCACAUAGGAUGAUAGGCUUGAUUUAAAUCCUUUAGUUAUAUAUUAUUUGCACUACUUUGGUCGUAUCAUGUGCAGUGUCUUGACCAAGACUAUUUUUCAACUGUAGAGUAUCAUUUUCUACAUAUUUCCUGCUACAGAAUUUGUAUUGCUUAUUUCAGCAACAGAUUGUCUGCAUGGAAAGAUUAAUAGUACUGAUUAGCUUUCUAAUAUUUUGCACUUUUUGAAAUGUUUGUUUUUUUACAUGAUUAUAUUUAAAAGUUUAUGAAAUACUGAAAUAAAACCAUAUUGACCAGUU